GCCCCAAGCCCAAAUCAAUGGGUUCACUUGCAGAGUUGCAGUGCAGCGAGGGGCUCACGCACUGGAGCGAGAAAUCAAUAGAUUGAAGAACUUUCUGAACGAAACGGAAGCGUGGACUGGACUAACUCAUAGCUAUCAUCUUCUCCAUUUGGGAACGGCGAGGGACAAAGACAGGAAAGGCCGGACGACGACCACCAGCCACCGCAGCGAGCAGAUCCUUGGUCGUUUUCUCCUUCUCGCAGCGGCGGACGGAUGCAAUGAUUGCUGUGGUGAUAGAGCGCGGGGGUUGUCGGAUUUGAUUUGAGUUUGGACAUGAAUCUCUCAUUAUCUUCUUCCACUUCUCUGUCGCCUACCUCGUCCCCGUCCUCGUCUUCCGCCGGCGGCGGCGGAGGAACCUCAUGGUUCUCCGGCAUUGUUCGCGGGCGUGCUGAUAGGUCCGGGAGCAUGAAAAUGGCCGGUAAUUUGCCCGCUGCCGAGAAUGCUGGACCGAUCAAAGGCAAGAACCAGUUUCGCGGUUUGCUGUUCAAGUAUGGCCCCCAGCCUAUUCAGGUUGCAUUCAAAACGGGAGAACAUAAACAACAAGUCAUUUUCAUUGGUGGCUUGACUGACGGUUUUCUUGCAACUGAAUAUUUGGAACCUCUUGCAAUUGCCCUGGAUAAGGAGAAAUGGUCACUUGUUCAGUUCCUCAUGUCAUCCUCUUAUAGUGGAUUUGGCACUUCCAGCUUGAAGCAAGAUGCCACAGAGCUAGAUCAGCUGAUAAGUUAUUUCAUCAACAAAGAAGACUCCGAGGGGGUGAUUCUUCUUGGGCAUAGUACUGGUUGUCAGGAUAUUGUGCAUUAUUUGCGUUCCAAUGCUGCAUGCUGCAGAGCAGUACGUGGUGCCAUUUUGCAGGCUCCAGUUAGUGAUCGGGAAUACAAAGCAACUCUACCAGAAACAGCUGCCAUGAUUGAUUUGGCUUCAUCUAUGAUAGCAGAAGGCAAGGGUUCAGAACUAAUGCCCAGAGAAGCUGAUCCCUGUGCUCCAAUAACUGCUUACAGGUAUCACUCCCUUUGUUCUUAUAUGGGCGAUGACGACAUGUUUAGUUCUGAUCUGACUGACGAUCAACUAAGAUUGAGGCUUGGGCACAUGUGCAAUACACCUUGCCAGGUUAUCUUUUCGAUGGGCGAUGAAUAUGUGCCAGAUUAUGUUGACAAAAAAGCCUUGGUAGAAAGGCUGUGCAGAGUAAUGGGAGGGGCAGAGAAAGUUGAAAUCGAGCAUGGGAAUCACUCCCUCUCGAAUCGAGUUGAUGAGGUUCUGAAGGCAGUCAUGGAUUUCAUCAAUGGAGAAGGUCCCAAAGGCUGGGACGAUCCAUGGGCUUAAUUAAGCUAUAGCUUACACAGUUAUUAUUUAAUUGUCUUUUCAUUUUUUUCCAUCUUCCUAUUGAAAUUCAUUUAUGGUGUUUUCGUUCAUCUCAUCUUCCUGCUAUUUGUUAGUCUAAUGAACAGAACUCUGUUGCAAAUGCUGAAACACUGUAAAAAAAAAGAAGGAAAAAAGAGGCCAUAGUGUGGGUUGAGUGGCAUUGAAGUCACCACCAGCAUUCAGUUUUGUAGUGUUGUAACGAUCCAUUGCAACACAUUUUUGGAGUCAGGUACCAACCAUACAGUAAUGAUUCUUGAAUACCAAGCCACCAAGGUAGUGCAUUUAUUUGUCUUCUUUUCAGUUCUUUACCUUGAAUUCCUUAGUACGC